AUGCGACUAUUCACGCUUUUCAUAAUAAUUGGGGUGGCCGCUAGCCAACUCGUUGGAACUGUUGGACCGUCCACACCGCUGAAUGAAAAGACUAUUGAGUGCAAUGUCUUGAACUAUGGUGCAGUGGCUGAUAAUUCCACCGACAUAUCCUCCGCAGUUGAGAAAGCCUUCACAGAAUGCGUACUCCAAAGCCCCAAGAGCCGUUUGAUUAUCCCAGAGGGAGAUUAUCUUCUUUCCAAAAGUGUCGUUCUUAGCAACGGAACUAAUUGGGCAUUUCAGUUGGAUGGCCUGAUUACGGCAGCAUAUGAUGGGGACUGGGCCGUUGAUCGCAACCUGAUCCUGCAGGGGCUUGCUGGCAGCGAGUUAAUCAAUUCAACGAUCAAUGGUGAAGGCGAUGCGAAAUUCUUGCUGGAUGUUCUCGUAAUUAUCAAUGCCGUUGACUUCGAAUUCUAUUCAUCGACUGGGACCGGCGCUAUCCAAGGGCAAGGAUAUCUCUAUCGAAAUGCAAAUAACACUGAGCGCCCGCGCCUUGUUAGAUUAAUCUCACCAACCAACGCUUCUGUUCAUGACUUAAUCUUGGUCGACAGCCCAAAAUUUCACAUUGUCCUUGAUUUCAUGUUAAACGUCGAAGUAUAUCACUUGACGAUUCGCGGCGCAAAUUUGGGUAGCUACGAUGGAAUAGACGCAAUCGGAACUAACUACUACAUUCACGAUAAUGAGGUAACAAAUCGAGAUGAAUGUGUCUCGGUUAAGAGCCCAUCGCACUUUGCAUUGAUUGAAAAUCUCGUCUGCAACCAGGCAGGAUCAGGAGUCUCUAUUGGGAGCCUGAAUGUAUCCGCAAAGAUAUCUAAUAUCGUAGCCCGGAACAUUAGCAUUAUUCAAGGAAACAACAUCGCCUUCAUAAAGACAUACCCCGGAGGCUCAGGCUAUGUAACAAACGUCACGUUCUCCAACUUCCGCUCUCUUUCCAGUCUAUAUGGCCUUGAUAUCAAUCAGUACUGGCAAAACACCCUCACACCUGAUACUGGCUCCGUAUCCCUGAGUAACCUCGUUUUCCGCAACUUUUCAGGCUCUGUUGCUGAUGGCACAAAGAGAGGACCGCUAACUCUGAUCGGCAAUGAUUUGACCUUUGUCACCAAUGUCUCUAUCGAGGACUUCACUCUUUGGACUGACACUGGGAAUCAGAUCGUGAAUAAAAUUAACAAUAUCUUUGGGUCUGGCGAUGAUAGUUAUGGUACGAACAACGGCAUCAAAACUCUGAAGGCUACUGAGUCGCCGUACACUUACACCAGCACAUACACUGUUACUGCGACCCCCAGUAAUUGGAAAGCACCGAGUACGCCAACAUGGGCUGCACCCAGCACUGGCUACGGCACUUCGACUCCCAUUCCCGUGUAUUCACCUGCUGUACUUUGGCGCCCAGGCGCUGUCGACUACGAACUGCAUUAUUGGGGAAGCUUCUAG